AUGCCGCCGCCGGUCAACCGUUAUGGCCCCUCGGGCAUGACGGCUCCCUUUCCUCAUCUACAGCAAGCACAUCUACAGCAGCAGCAGCAGCAGACCCAACAUCAUACCGGGCAUCCGCAGUCCAACGCCGGCCUACCCCCUCCCUCGCUAGGUGGACACCCGGGUUUCGGCCCCAGUAACCCCCAGUCAAGCAUCAAUCCCUUCAGUAUACCCGGUGCCAAUGGUAUUGGAGUUGCCGGUUUCCCUACCGGGGCUGGCGGGGGGGUGCUGGGCGACGGGAGUGGAACCGGACUUGCCAGCCAUGCCGCACAGAUGGGGUUUGUAAGGGGUGCUCAGAUGCAGCAGCAACAGCAACAACAACAAGCGCAGCAGCAACUACAACAACACCAGGUGCAGCAGGUCCACCUGGGUCAUGACGGCCGUUUGACCAUGGAUAGCAAGAAUAACGCAGUGAAGUCAAGGAUACGUGAUGUCUGGAAGCACAAUCUUGCGCAGGAGAUGGCCAUGCUAAGGUCAUUAGUAGAGAAAUACCCAUACAUCAGCAUGGACACGGAGUUUCCAGGCAUAGUCGCCCGGCCGAUGGGCACUUUUACCACAAAAGCAGACUACCACUACCAGACCCUACGGUGCAAUGUUGACCUGUUGAAGAUGAUACAGCUUGGAAUUACCCUUUUCUCCGAGGACGGGGAGGUUCCUCCAGUUACGGCUACACAUGCGAACUCAGAAGGGUAUAACGGAGUCCUGGUACCCGCGCCAUGUACCUGGCAGUUCAACUUCAAGUUCUCUCUCGAAAAUGACAUGUACGCCCAGGAGUCUACCAGUAUGCUAGCCAAGGCUGGUAUCGACUUUUCCCUUCAUGAAAAGAACGGAAUUGACCCACUAGAUUUUGGAGCCUUGCUUAUGAGCUCUGGACUCGUUUUGCUCGAUGAUGUUCACUGGAUCUCCUUCCACUCCGGAUAUGACUUUGGCUAUUUGAUGAAGAUCAUGCUGUGCAAACCCCUACCGGACGACGAGAAGGACUUCCACAAACUCCUCAACAUAUUCUUCCCUUCGCUCUUUGAUAUAAAAUACCUUAUGAAACAUGCCGGCCGGAAUCAAACUGCCAAUGGAUCCCCACUAACCCAUGCUGCAGCUCAGAUUAUUGCAAACCUCGGCCAAAAGUCCGGUCUUCAGGAUAUUGCGGACGAGCUAGGAGUUAAACGGGUAGGCAUUGCCCACCAAGCUGGUUCGGACUCUCUUGUCACUGGUGAGAUAUUCUGGAAAAUCAGACAGCUCGUGUUUAACGGAAACAUCGAUGGAUCUAAAUAUUCCGGCCAGAUCUGGGGACUUAAUGGCCAAAUAGCUGCUGUCCCUUUCUAUCCUAAUAACCAGCCACACCAAACCCCAGGUCCUAACGGAACAGUUAUGUAUUCCGCCGCAGGAACGCCUAGUACCCCAAACACAGGCCACGCAGCAUUGAACAGCCAUCAAACACCCGGCCGUCAGACAGGUAGCAUAACCCCGGGAACAGGUGCAUAUGCAAACUUCCAUCCACGGUCUUAG